AUUUUGUGAGAUACCAGAUUGCUUUACGGGAAAAGACUGUUCCAAUUUAGUCUGGAACUGCCCUAUUUUUAGACUCUUUCAUGGUUAUCAAUCCUUACAAAAAAUCACCAAACCGAUGCAGCGUGGACCAAUCUGGAAAAUCAGGCUGCCGAGUCAAGAGUGUAAUUCAAUGGAAAAAGAAACGGACAACCUCUCAAGGCACACAGGGAGAUAAUGUAUAUAAAAAUAUGCAAGAAUCACAAGAAACCCACAUAUCCAACCACCUGGAUGAAAUCGUUGCUGCCGUCAGCAUAACACCUAGAGAGAAGCUCCAGAACAAGCUGCCUCAAACAGUACUGUUCCAGCCUCCUCGAGAGAAACUCCACUUCUGUGAAGAGAAAGCGAGGUCCUAUGCCAGCAGUCACGAGUAUAAACAGGCUCUCCAGGAGCUUGUGCGCUGUGUGGCACUGACGAGGAUCUGCUACGGUGACUCGCAUUGGAAACUGGCUGAGGCACACAUUAACCUGGCUCAGGGCUACCUCCAGCUCUCAGGACUGUCACUGCAAGCGAAACAACAUGCAGAAAAAGCCAAAGAAAUACUCACCAACUUCAUCAUGCCUGCCUACAGUGACAAUACAGAUGUUUUCAAGUGUUCGGUUGAGCUGUUCCAUACCAUGGGGAGAGCCUUACUCUCCCUUCAAAAAUUUAAGGAAGCUUCAGAAAAUUUGACAAAAGCCGAGAGGAUUUCGAAAGAGCUGCUGCAGUGUGGAAGGAUUAUAAAGGAAGAAUGGAUGGAAAUUCAAGCGCGGAUCAAAUUGUCAUUUGCACAGGUAUACCAAGGUCAGAAAAAAUCAAAAGAAGCUCUGCCCCACUACCAAGAGGCAUUAGAAUAUAUUAAGAUCAGUAAAGGUGAAAAGAGUCUUGAGUGUGUACCAAUAUUGAGGGAACUGGCAGGUGUAGAACAAGCCCUGGGAUUUCACGAAGCGUCCAUCAACCACUUUUUACAGGCACACCUCAUCAUCCUGGGCAGAAACCCCUCUCAGGAGGACGCAGCCAUCUCUGCACACUCUGUUGCCCAUGCUGCCAUCGUUUCUGGGAGACCUGAGCACCACGAUGUGGCCAAGCAGUAUUUUCAGGAGAGCCUAGCUCAUCUUAAGGAUGCCAAAGGGAUGGGAAAAGCCAAAUUUCUUUCCAUUCAAGACGAUUAUUGCCAUUUUCUACAAGUCACUGGGCAAAAAGAGAGAGCCACCUCGAUCCUGAGAGAGUCCCUGGAGGCUAAAGUGGCAGUGUUUGGUGAUCUCAGUCCUGAGGUGGCAGAGACAUACCUGCUCCUGAGUGGGGCCGACCUGGCACAAGGGAACCAGAGCGGGACCGACAAGAAAUUGAAGAAGUUGUCCUGGAGAAAGAUGAUGAUAGCUUGCUCCAAGACAGUGGCCAGGGGAUGGAGCAAAAUCAUGGGGGAGACGAGGGAUGUCGAUAAGGAUAUAGAACCCACAGCACCUGGCAACUCAGAGGGCCCCGAGGUGGCUGGAAAGCCAAGGCAGCCUCCUAAGCACAGACCAGCCUUCCGCAAGGGCGAGCUGCAGCACGGUGCUGGGGACAGCCAGGCCUGAGGCGCAGGCUUGGGCCACCCCACCCUCAGAAAGCUUUGGUCAUGCUUAGGGCUUUGGAUGCUUAGGGCAUGGUGUCAACCCCUCUCCAACUAUUAGAUGGAAUUCAGCAGUCACUGUUCAGAAUCUCAGGGCUGACCGCUCCAAAUGCAACAGCGAUGUCAUACAUCUCCCACAGGCCAGAUUUUGACAGUGGAGUUCUUCCCAGUGAUCUGGUGCUUCUAUAAAGCUUUUCUCUUUUUACCACCUUAGUGGUUUUUCUUGCCAACUAAAAUGUUUACCCGUCAGCACCACUGUGGAUGAAAGGCUUCCCUUCAAAAGUUCAAAACUUCCUGUGCAGAAAAAUAGACUCAACAUCUGAUGAUAUAUGUACUGCAUAGGCCCUUGUGCAGGUCUGGAGUCAGAUUUGGAACAGUAAGAUUCUGGGAAAAGCCCUCUCUCAUAGGAAGAUAAUGGGGAUUGAGAAUAAAAUGCUAAUAAAUGGAAAUGUGGAAGGGCUGGGGCCAAUCGUGUU